AUGCUGCUCAGAGCGGCACGAUCGCCGUGCUGGCGCACAGCGCGGUACUUAUAUCCGAGCUUCGCCGGCCAGGCACGGUGGACGAGCCCGAAUCGCAUUCAACAGCACACACUUCAGCUACGAGUGUUCACCUCUAGCAGUUCAUGGCUCAACCAAUCCACCGAUGGCAAAGACCCGACCUCUGCGAGGAACAACUCCCUGCCCGCUGCUACCGCCGCCGAAGUGGCCAAUGCCGCUAUUGUCCAGAAACCGGAGGCCGGUGAGGCCAAGAAUACCCCGAAGAAGGACUUGCUGAGUGAGGCAGCUAUGGCAAAGAAGGAACAGCGCAGUGCAGAUUGGGCUAUCAUGAAAGAGAUGGCUAGAUAUUUGUGGCCUAAGGAUGACUGGGGUACCAAGCUUCGAGUGGGAACUGCACUUUCACUGCUUGUGGGUGCGAAGAUUCUCAAUGUGGAGGUUCCAUUCUACUUCAAGAACAUUGUGGACUCCAUGAACGUCGAUUUCGCGACCCUUGGUGGAACAGCAUACACCGUGGCAGGCUCCAUGAUCAUCGCUUAUGGCGCCACCCGUAUCGGAGCCACUUUCUUCCAAGAACUGCGUAAUGCAGUCUUUGCCAGUGUUGCGCAAAAGGCAAUUCGCAAGGUUGCCCGGAAUGUGUUUGACCACUUGCUCCGACUUGAUCUCAACUUCCACCUCUCACGCCAGACCGGCGGUCUCACCCGAGCCAUUGAUCGUGGUACCAAAGGUAUCAGCUUCUUGCUGACCUCCAUGGUCUUCCAUGUUGUACCAACUGCACUUGAGAUCUCGCUCGUGUGCGGUAUUCUCACCUACCAAUAUGGUUUCCAAUUCGCCGCCAUCACAGCUACUACCAUGGUAGCAUACACAGCGUUCACCAUUACCACCACCGCCUGGCGCACCAAGUUCCGUCGACAGGCCAAUGCCGCUGACAACCGCGGUGCUACCGUUGCUGUCGACUCGCUCAUCAACUACGAGGCUGUCAAGUACUUCAAUAAUGAGAACUUUGAGGUCGCUCGCUACGACAAGGCCUUGAAGAACUACGAAGACGCCUCGAUCAAAGUCACCACCUCCCUGGCCUUGCUAAACUCUGGCCAGAACAUGAUCUUCUCCACUGCGCUGGCCGCAAUGAUGUAUCUGGCGGCCGACGGCGUGGCUACAGGUGCCCUGACAGUCGGCGAUCUGGUCAUGGUCAACCAAUUGGUUUUCCAGCUCUCCGUGCCGCUCAACUUUUUGGGCUCGGUUUACCGUGAGCUGCGCCAGUCUCUGCUGGACAUGGAGACUCUUUUCAACCUGCAAAAGGUGAAUGUCACCAUCCAGGAGAAGCCCAACGCGAAGCCGCUCGAGCUGAAGAAGGGCGGUGAAAUUCGCUUCGAGAACGUCACGUUCGGCUAUCACCCGGACCGUCCAAUUCUGAAGAACACGACAUUCACGAUUCCCGCUGGCUCCAAGUUCGCCAUCGUGGGCCCCAGUGGUUGCGGCAAAUCGACCAUCCUGCGUUUGCUCUUCCGAUUCUACGACACCCAGUCCGGUCGGAUCUUGAUUGAUGGCCAGGACGUACGUGAUGUAAGCCUUGACAGCCUCCGGCAGGCCAUCGGUGUGGUGCCCCAGGACACGCCACUGUUUAACGACACCAUCGCACACAACAUUCGCUACGGUCGGAUCGAUGCCUCGGAUGAAGAGGUGCGCCAUGCCGCCGAGCGCGCCCGCAUCAGCCAGCUGAUCGAGCGACUUCCUGAUGGAUACGAGACCGCGGUCGGCGAGCGCGGCAUGAUGAUUUCGGGCGGCGAGAAGCAACGGUUGGCGAUUUCGCGAUUGUUGCUCAAGGACCCGCAGCUGUUAUUCUUCGAUGAAGCGACCUCGGCCUUGGACACAUACACGGAGCAGGCGCUACUGCAGAACAUCAACAGCAUUCUGAAAGAAAAGAGCCGCACAAGCGUCUUUGUCGCGCACCGGCUGCGGACGAUCUACGAUAGUGAUCAGAUCCUGGUGCUCAAGGAUGGAGAGGUGGCGGAGAUGGGGUCACACCGGGAGUUACUGGAUCUAGAGGGAGUUUAUGCGGAGCUCUGGAACGCCCAGGAACUGUCGCUUUCCCACGAGGAGGGCGAGACGCCGUCCGAGGAGAAGAAGGUCGAGUAG